AUGUCUACUCUCGCAACUUCGGCCGACAAGCAAUUUGUGAUCCGCAGGGGAACCAAGCAGGACUGCCCUGCCAUCCUCGACUUUAUCCAGCAGCUGGCCGAGUACGAGAAAGAGCCUGACGCUGUCAAGGCGACCGUAGAAACGUUGGAGGAGAACGUCUUCAACAAGGGAUAUGCAGAGGUGUUGAUUGCUGAGCAGCACCAUGACGCGUCGGUAACUCCAGUAGGAAUGGCGCUCUACUUUUACUCCUUCUCUACAUGGACUUCAAAACCUUCGGUCUACCUCGAGGACCUGUAUGUGAUCCCCACUCUGCGCAACAAGGGUGUCGGAAAGCUCCUAUUCAAGGCUCUCGGACAAGUUGCAAAGCAGAAGGGGUGCGCACGAAUGGAUUGGUCUGUCCUGACUUGGAAUGCGCCUUCCAUCGCAUUCUACACCAAGGUGCUCGGCGCCAAGCCUAUGGACGAAUGGAAGGGCAUGCGUCUGGAACAGCAGGGUAUUGAAAAUCUCGCCAAUCUCAUUUAG